GGGUGUUCCUAAGUAUUGUUACUCAGUAGGAUAGAGUUACAGGAAGUUUUUUUUUUUUUGUUUUCCUGAGGACAUUUUCUGCUUUUUCGGACAGCAGGGAUUUCUGCAUUGGAACAAAGAUGGACAGUUAAGAAAAAUAUUGAGCACCUGCAAGGAAAGAGAAAACAGUAUGACACUAAAUACCAGCUUUCUCAGACACGUUUUUCUCUACAAGUGUGUGUUUGCAUUAACUUUUGGGGACCAUGUCAGCCUGUCUGUGGAAGAUGAACUUUUUACAUCUGUUUCUAACAAUUUCCCAGAAGAUGUUUCUAACCAAAAAAUCAUGAGCCUGCCACUCCAGUAUACAAAGAGUCAUCAGCCCAGUUGGGUUGUGAUACAAAAUACUACAGAAAGCCUGUCAUUGUCAGAAAUCACAGAUGGCGAUGCAAAAAAGUUGAUAGCUUUAUUAUCUAAUUUCAGACAAGGAUCCAGGUUACAAAAUCUGACACUGACAAAUGUGUCACUGAAGUGGAAUGAUCUUAUGGAAAUUUUUCAGACUGUAUGGCACUCAUCCGUUGAGUACUUCAAUACAUACAAUGUAACACAACUGUCAAAUGUUAAAAGGUAUGUCUUUGACUACUCAGGUACUUCUAUGAAAGCAUUGACAAUGAAGAAAAUUAAAAUCACGGACAUGUACUUCAUACAGGAUGAUCUAUACAAAAUAUUUGCCGACAUGAAUAUUGAAAGCAUGACAAUAGCUGAUUCGGAAAUGAUACAUAUGCUUUGUCCUUCAAAUACGAGUUCCUUUAGAUACCUAAAUUUUUUUAAGAAUGAUUUAACAGAUUUUCUUUUUCAAAAUUGUGACAACCUACUUCAGCUGGAGACAUUAAUCUUGCAGAAGAAUAAAUUUGAGAGUCUUCGCAAAGUAAGCUUCAUGACCAGCCACAUGAAAUCACUGAAAUACCUGGACAUGAGCAACAACCUGCUGCGCCACGAUGGAGCUGAUGUGCAAUGCCAGUGGGCUGAGUCGCUGACAGAGCUGGACCUGUCCUCCAACCAGCUGGUGGAUGCUGUGUUUGAGUGCUUGCCAGUCAACAUCAAAAAACUCAGCCUAGAAAACAACCAGAUCAGCAAUGUCCCCAGGGGGGUGGCAGAGCUGAAAUCCUUGGAAGAGCUGAACCUGGCAUCGAACAGGCUGGCCGACCUGCCGGGGUGCAGCGGCUUUACGUCGCUGCAGUUCCUGAACGUGGAGAUGAAUUCGAUCCUCACCCCAUCUGCUGACUUCUUCCAGAGCUGCCCAAGGGUCAGGGAGCUGCAGGCCGGGCACAACCCGUUCAAGUGCUCCUGUGAGCUGCAGGCCUUUAUCCGCCUGGAGAGGCGGUCGGGGGGGAAGCUGUUUGGCUGGCCGGCGGCGUACGUGUGCGAGUACCCGGAAGGCUUGCGAGGAACGGAGCUCAAGGACUUCCACCUGAGCCUGCUGGCUUGCAACACGACGCUCCUGCUUGUGACGGCUCUGCUGCUGACGCUGCUGCUGGUGGCUGCGGUGGCCUUUGUGUGCAUCUACCUGGAUGUGCCGUGGUACGUGCGGAUGACGUGGCAGUGGACGCAGACGAAGCGCAGAGCUUGGCACAACCCCCCUGGAGAUCUGGGGGCCGUUCUGCAAUUCCACGCGUUCAUUUCCUACAGCGAGCGCGAUUCGCUGUGGGUGAAGAACGAGCUGAUCCCGAACCUGGAGAAGGGGGAGGGCUGCGUGCAACUGUGCCAGCACGAGAGGAACUUUAUCCCCGGCAAGAGCAUUGUGGAGAACAUCAUCAACUGCAUUGAGAAGAGCUACAAGUCGAUCUUUGUGUUGUCUCCCAACUUUGUGCAGAGUGAGUGGUGUCACUAUGAGCUCUACUUUGCCCAUCACAAGUUAUUCAGUGAGAAUUCCAACAGCUUAAUCCUGAUUUUACUGGAGCCAAUCCCUCCGUACCUUAUCCCUGCCAGGUAUCACAAGCUGAAAGCUCUCAUGGCAAAGCGCACCUACAUGGAGUGGCCGAAGGAGAGGAGCAAGCGCGCCCUAUUCUGGGCUAACCUCAGGGCAGCCAUUAACAUUAACCUGCCAAAAGCUGAUGAAAACUUGUAUGAGGAAACAGAUUUAGAAUCUUGCUAAUACAGUUUAAUCUGUUUUUUCUCAGUGAAAUAAUAAAUAUGAUUUCCAUUCUUU